AUGCGUCUCUCCCUCACAACACUUCUCCUGCUGCCCCUCGCCCAGGCGACGUCACUCUCGUACCCCGAACGCCAGGCCCCAGCCGUCAAGUCCUCCAAGACCGUUCUCUCCCUGGCCGUACCCCUUCCUCACCUCUCCUCGCGUUCCGCCAAUACAGCUCGCGACCCGGUGCCUCACCCACUCCUGAACCUCCUCGACACGCGCCAAGACGGCUGCGGCCUCCGCGGCGUCGAGUGUGACUCCCAGUGGUGCGCCCCCUUUUCCGGCAUCUGCUGCGGCUGGGGAAACGGCAGCUACUGCGAUAUUGGCACCUCUUGCGACUCGGGUGGCUGCUGCCCGCUCGGCAAGAUCUGUACCGGUGACCCCUCGGGCUGCACCGAGGGCCAGGAGCCAUGCGGCGACAACCAGUGCAUGCCUGAGGGUGCUGUGUGCUGCGGCAAUGGCGGCCACUGCGCCGCCGGCGAAACGUGCACCAGUGACGGCAGGUGCUCGACCGGCGGCGGAGGCGGAGGAGGUGGUGGUGGCGGUGGUGGCGGCGGCGGCGGUGGUGAUGACGGAUGCCCCGUUGGACAAGAGGAGUGCGGAUCCCUCUGGUGCAUGCCCGUCGGAUCGAACUGCUGCUCGCCCGGCAAGUACUGCGAUGCCGGUCUCACCUGCGCAGGUGACGGCUUCUGCUCCGGAGGCAGCUCCGGCGGCGGUGGUGGCGGCGGCGGCGGCGGUAGCGAUGAUGGGUGUCCCUCGGGCAAGGAGACGUGCGGUGACCGUUGCAUGCCGGAGGGUUCCGUCUGCUGCUCAACCGAUGGCUACUACUGCGAUGCCGGUGCGACCUGCCGACAGGACGGCUCCUCAUGGCGAUGCCCCAUUGGCGGUGGCGGCGGCGGCGGUGGCGGCGGCGGCGGCAGUGGAGACAACUCAGACGACGACACGACCACGUCGCCCGAUCCCACGCCCACACCAUCCUUUUCACCCCCGAGCGGUGACGACGACGACGACACCGAUCUCCCUACCCCCGUCGCCGUGCCGACCACGUCGUCUCCGCGCGCCUUGGACUCCCCUACCACAACGGAGGCCCCGGUGGCGACAGGAGCAUCGGGCUCGGGCAACACCGCCUCAGACGCCGUGCAGCGCAGCAUCAGCGGCCUCGUCUUCGUGGCCGCUCUCCUCUUUGGCGUGGCGCUGACUCUCUGA